CUGAAAAUGAGAUGAAUACUAAAUGAAUUUUUUCAAUUCACUUAAGUUUUCAUUUGAUUGCUGGAUUUUUUCAGUUUAUUUUUUUUUUCAUCUGUUGGAAACAUUGUUUCAGUUUAUGUGUAUUUAGUUGUUUUUUUAUGUUUUGAAUGAAGAUGAUGAAAAAGAAGGAGAGGAGGAUGAGAAGAAGAUGAAUGCUGAUGAUGAUCAGCAUAAAGAAGAUGAUGAUGAUGAUGAUGAUGGUGAUGAUAAGGAUCACCAGAAUUAUAAUGAGAGAAAGGAUGAUGAUGCUGAUGAUAAUGGUGAUCCUGGUCUUCAAGGAGAUGAAGACAAAGGAGUAGAUAAGGAUGCUGGUCUUCAUGGAGAUGAAGACAAAGGAGGAGAUAAUGGUGAUCCUGGUCUUCAAGGAGAUGAAGACAAAGUAGGAGAUAAGGAUGCUGGUCUUCAUGGAGAUGGAGAGGAAGGUGGAAAUAAUGAGAAAGAACCGAAGGAAGAUGAUAAUAAGAAGACUGGCAAUGCUGAUGAUGAUUGUGGUCUUCAAGGAGAUAAAGAGGAAGGAGGAAAUAAGGAGUUGGAUGCUGGGGUUCAUACAGAAGGAGAGAAAGGAGGAAAUGUUGAGAAAGAACAACCAAAGGAAGCUGAUAGGAAGAGGAGGAAUGCUGAUGAUGAUCAAGUCAAAGGGGCUAAGGAUAAGGAUAAGUGUAAAAUUUCUACACACGUCCCUACUCGCACCGCUGCUGGUAUUGAUAUUGUUGAUCUUCGUAUCCAACUCCUCCUCCUCCUCCUCCUCCUGUUGUUGAAGCAGUUGAGAAUGUAUAUAGCAGAAAGUCUUGGAGAGUUGAUUCUUCUGCUAAAAGGAAAAACAUUGCUGAUUUCGAUGCCCCUUCAUUCCAACUAUUAACUCCUAGUCCUGUUGUUGAGGAUCUUCCAUACAGUGCAGAGAGUGGUGAGGGUGUUGGAAGUUCAAUUCCAAUCAUCACUCCAGUAAAUGUAAAAUAUCCUCGAGUAAGUAUAGUUUUAGUUUCUGUUUUAAUUUGUUUAUUUUUCUGUUUCAGUUAGUGUAUGUUUCUUGUCAUUUAGUAUAUCUUUUAUUUCAGUUAGUGUAUGUUUGUUUGUUGUCAGUUAGUAUCAGUUUAUGUUUGAGUUAGUGUAAGUUUCAUGUCAGUUAGUGUUUCUUUUUUGUCAGUUAGUAUUAUGUUAUGUUUCAGUUAGUGUAUCAUUCUUGUCAGUUAGUAAUUGUUUAAUUUUCAUUUGGUUUAUGUUUCUUGUCAUUUAGUAUCUGUUUUAUUUUCAGUUAGUGUAUGUUUAUCUUUCAGUUAGUAUAUCUGUCAUCCUUUUUUAAUAUUUUAAUUGAAUGCAGGGUGAUGGCUCUUAUUCUGAUCAAUCAUCAUACA